AUGAGAACUAUUGAUGAUAUAAACUUUGAUAGAAACUAUUUACAUCCAACCAUUCGAUUUUUAUUACUUGAUGAUUUUACUACGAAUCGAGUGGGCCCUACACCAGUUAUACCAUUGCCAAAUGCACUGCUAAUGACAUUUGUAAAUGUGUACAAUAAUCUAAUGCAAUGUCAACUAUAUAUACGUAAUGAAAAUCGAAAAAUGAUUAAAUUAUGUAUUUCCAAUAGAAAUAUCAUGGACUGGGAUAAUUUAAACAAUGAAAUGCAUUCUAAUGUAAAUGAAGUUUAUAUUUUUUGUGAUACAUUUUAUGACUAUACACUUAUGCAAAGAUGGAAUGGAUGUUACCAGGAUAAAAUUCGUGGUGUCUAUUUGCCAGAUCAAGUUGAUCAUAAGCUAUUAAAACUUGGUAUCGAUUAUAUAUAUUCAAUAUUACCCGAAUUCCAAGAAGAUCGAGGAUUGAGCAGAAUAUUCCGUGCUGAUGCAAGACGGUUGUUAGACGCCUUACGCGAAUAUUUUCAAGAUCAAAUGGAUGAAAAUGAUGACGAUGAUGAUUAA